AUGUCAAAAAGUUUAAUUUCUGUGGCGUUUUUAAUAUUUCAAGCAUCUUUUUCGUUUGUUGCUAGCGAUGAAGUCAAGAAAAGCAGAUCAAGCGAAGCAGAAGAGCUUUUUCGCCACAGGAUUGAGGCGCCCAACAAAACAGACAUAUUUGCUAAACUCUUCAAAGGAUAUGACAAUAGAGUUAGGCCCAACUACAGAGAGAAACCAGUCCAAGUUUUACUCUAUGCUGUCAUUGACUCGUUUCACGAUAUCAGAGAAGAUCAAAUGGAAUACAAAGUUGAGUUAAUAUUAAAAGAAACGUGGAAGGACCCAAGACUUGCAUAUGGCAACGCAACGUGGUUCGUCAGACUUAAAAAUGAGUUAUUAAAGAAAAUUUGGUAUCCUGAUACAAUGAUUGAGAACGCCAGAAAACACGAUGUUGACGAUAAAACAAGGACAGCAUACCUGUUUGGUGAUGGGACGAUAUUUUUCUCGGAAUGGAUUAAGGCAACUUUAACAAGUCACAUGGAUUUUAAGAGCUACCCAAUGGAUGUUCAGACGUUGAGGAACAGUGACGACGGCAAUGGUAGUGAUAAUUGUUAUGAUCAUGGCCUCGGUAACGAUAACGAUGACGAUAACGAUAACCGUUUCUGUAACGAUAACGUUAACGGUUACUAUAACGAUGACGAUAAUGAUAACGGUUGCUGUAACGAUGACGAUAACGAUAACAGUUACUUUAAAGGUGACGAUAACGAUUACUAUAACGAUGACGAUGAUAGAACACAUACAGCAGCUGUGGUCGAGUUUAAGAUAAAACGUCGCUUACAGCACUUUAUCGUUGGCUUUUACGUCCCUUGCAUCGCAUGCACAGUAGCCUCUUGGAUCCAGUUUUGGAUGGAUGAAAUGGCCGUCGGUGACAGAGCAAGUCUGGGAAUAACAUCAGUGUUGACGGAGAUCUUUCUACUGGAGUUUAGUAAUCAAGGGAUGCCUAAAGUCAGUUAUAUGAAAGUUGCUGAACUGUACCUUAUCGUGUCUUUCGUGUUCAUCUUCUUGGCCCUGAUUGAGUCUGCAGUGGUGUACAAGGUCAGUCAGUGGUCACUCCUAAAAAAGAACAGUGGAAAGAUGACGGAAAAACAGGCUAUUAGAGAUAAGAGUCAUACUUCACAGACACCGACAGGAAAAGAAUUUUACAAAGAAACCGAAACUCCCAAACCCGAAACACUGACGUCUUGUAGAUCACCAAUGAUGUUAAGAUACAGCACUCUCAACUUUGAGCAAACAGUGAAUAAAUCAUCGGAGCACAUCCUUUCUGAAGAAGAGAGAUACGAAGGGACAGACUCCCCUAAAAUCUCGACGACUUCAGCGGGAACUGAAGCCAAGGAAAGCUGGGGCCAUGCGAUAGACCGGGGGGCGCGUGCCUUAUUUCCGCUCUCUUACCUCAUCUUCUCAGUCAUGUAUUUUGGUGUCAUGUUUACUUCUGAUGAGGGAUCCAAAUGACAUCUCCAUUCGUCUGACUUUCCAGUCACUCGAAUAGGAAAACACUGGAAAACGACUUAUCAAGUGAAUCUUUAGAUUAUUUUAUAGCUAAAACUACUUCGAGCCAAUUCAGCUCUCUUAAAUUUCAAUCUUACCGGAUGUCAAAAGUUUCAGCUUACAUUUGUUAGUCAAGUAAGGUUGAAAGCAACACUACAAUUUUUAAUGGUUUUUAUUUGCCGUCACAUCAAGA